AUGACCGAGUUCGUUUGCAGCCGUUUAGCUUGGUCCUAUAGCAAUACCGGCCCGAUCCGGAUUCCCAGCACCAUGCCCUGGUACUACGGGUGGAUCUUCGUGAGCGAAGAUGUUUGGACAGAGCCAGACCGCCGGUGGAGCUAUUGGUCGGACGAUGAUUGGUCGGACGAUGAUUGGUCGGAUUACUACGACUACAACACCUGGUGGGAGCAUGAGCCGAAGGAGCAGCUUGUACAGCGGUCUCGGUCGAAUCUCAAGCUGGUGAAGUGUCGAAGAUCUACAGCCAUGGAAGCUCUCGAUGCUUAUGUUUCGGAGGAGGAGGUAGAAGUGGAGGUGCCCGUUGAGGCACCCGUGGCGGAUCCAGAUGGUGGUGGCGGCGAUGACACCGAGCUCGAGGGGGACGAGCGUUCCAAAGCAGACAAGGACGCGGAGCGCGAGGCGAUGGAGAAGGCAUGCAACGAUGCCAUGGGCCAAAGGGCAAUGCAGACGAAACCCAAACCGUCUCAGAAGGCUAGGCCAAAGGAGAAAGCCGAGUUGCCGUGGAAGCAACCGCCGGCGCGACCCCGUGGUGGUCAUCCCUCCGGCGUGGCCGCAGCCCUGGCACGGGAAGUGCCCCUUGCAGGAGGCUGGAUGAAAAAGAUGGCGGCGUUGGUUUCCCACUACGAGCGCGGCGACUGGGACGGAUGCGCCGAGAGGAUGCAUGACAAAGUUUCGUUUGUUUGUUCUUCAAGUGCCGAGGAGGAGUUGCAGCACUGUGCCAAGCUGUUGAAGCUUCGUCCCAACUCAGAAGUUGGAAAAGCGGCAGCAGAGACUUUGCUUCACCGCUUGAACGCCUCGGACCCUUUGUAUCCGUCGCAGCUGACAGAGCUCUACGAAGCUGUCGAAGCAUCGGACCUACCACCGGAGCUCAAGAAUGAGAUGAUGGACUCGGUAGAUGCAAUGCAAGGGGCAACUUCAACGUCCAGGUUGGUACCCAAGGGCACGGCUUUCGCACACUUGAGUGCUUACUUGAACGAAGAGGACUGGAAACGGUUGGAAAAGGGCAACACUUUGGAUGGACAGGCCAUCCUAGUGCAUCGCUUGCAGAGUUUGGGAGUGCGCUCCUUGAAGGAGACGACAAAAAAGACCUGUGUUGCACUCUUGGUUCACUUGCACAUGAAGAAGGGCAAUCCAAUGCCAGAUGCUUGGACUCUUUAUGGCCUUGUGAACGACAUCGCCAAGUGCUUUGCCAACUACAAGCUGCAAGCCAAGAUCGCGACACAGGCUUCUUACCCGUACAACCCGCAAGACCUGGGAGAGGAGAAGCUCCAAAAGGUCUACGGAAACGAGAGGCCCACCGGACAGCACAUCUUCCUUGGCCCCAUGAUGCACAAGAUUGCUUGCCGUAACACAAGUGCUUUGCUGAAGCAACUUGCUACACCCCAGCAGACUCCGUCUCAGCAGCAGCCGGCCCAGGGACCUGCCCUUCCCGUGCAGCAGGCACAGUGGCCUCAGCCCCAGGCUCAGGGCCAGGUGCCUCCUCAGUGGCCUCAGCAGGCCCAGGUGCCUCCCCAGUGGCCUCAGCAGGCACAGCUGCCUCCCCAGCCUUUGCCGCCGCCGGAGUGGGCUCAGUUUCAGCAGUUCCAGGAGUUCAUGCGAAAGCAUGGAAAUGGAGCAGAGCUUCCCGCUGCACAGCCGGGCGCUUCAGACCAAGGCCCAGCAGCUUCGCAGGCCAUGGUGCCUUUCUCGGCCGCACAGCAGCAAGCUAUGCAAUGGAAGCCUGCUGCACAGGUCAGCCAGCAGCCUUGUGCUGCUUCAGACCCCGCAGUGGGAGAGGUUGAGGAAGCGAAGCCUACCUUGGAGGAGCUGGAGGCCCAGGCUUUGGCGGAGCUCGAAGGCAACAAGAAGUCCAAAGCCAAGGCGAAGGCGAAGGCAAAGGGGAAGGCUGCCGGAUCGCAAAGCAAGCCUCAGCCUAAGAAGGGUAUCUUGAAGAAACCCGCAGCUGUGGAAAGCCUGCAGUCCUAUGCUGGCAGAUUGGCCGCUUACAACAAGGCUACUGGUGAGAAGCGGAAAUGCUUCGGAUGUGGUAAGUGCCGUGGCGGGCCGGCAGGCUGUGCCCAGUGUUGGAACCCGCUGUUCCAGGGCAUGCGAUUCGAGGGCAGGGCCGAGUACGACAAGUGGGCGGCAAAGAAGCCCGUGAUGAUUGUUUUGCUCACAGGGGAUUUCAUGCUGGCGAAGUCUGGCAUCGUGCACAUGGAUUGGGGCCAAGAAAAUUCAGGCUGCGAAGCUGCAAAGCUUCAAGACUUCAGACAGUCCGUUCCGCAGUGUAGCAAAGCUGCUUUGGAUGCCAUCCUAUCCCGUGUGGAACAAGAUGGUGUUCCUGAGCUGCACAGCGACAAACAGAUGAGAGAGGCUGAUUGGCGAAAGCUUAGCACAGCUUCCGAAUAUGGGCCAUUGUUUUUGGAAAAAGACAUCGUGCUCAAUGAUGGGAAGUUUGCCAAGAUUAAGAUAGUGAACUACCUUUCUUUGCUGGCUGCUUGCUACAAAGAGCAUGGCAUUUUCCAUGGCCUGGUACGACAAGCUGUGCUGAAACGUGAAAGCACUGUCCAUGCUCCGUGGCAGUUGCUGGUGUAUUCUGAUGAAUGCUGGCCUGGCAACCCUUUGUCAGCGAAGGCAGAGAAGAAGAUAUGGACUGUCUACAUCAACAUCAAGCAGCUUGGUCCAAGGGCCUGGGCUAUGGAGGACAUGUGGCUCCCCGUCUUGGUGCGCAGGAGUGUGUUUGUGAGCAAGGUUGCAGGGCACAUGGGCCAACUGCUGAAAGAGGUGCUCCUUAGCAUCUUCGACAAUCCGUUUUGCAAGCCCAGAGUUGGAGCGCUCAUCCAAGACGGGCAAGCUCAGAAGUAUGCCUACGGCAUCAAAGGGGACAGUGGCCUGGUGUAUUGCAUGAAGUGUCGGCCAACAGUGGCAGAGCCCACGUCCAAACAAGAACUACGACUUCACAGCGAUGCCGAUGUUUGGGCAUCUUUCGACAGAAUGGCAUCACGGGCGACUCUGCCCACUAAGGACUUCGAAGCUUGGCAGACAGCGACAGGAUGGUCCUACUCUAGGUUAGGCCUUCUUGCUUGCAUGGCUUUGAGAGCAGUGCUGAAGCCCGUGUCUUCUUACAUGCACGACUACAUGCAUGGAGUGCUUCAGGGGUGCAUGCCAGUUGCAAUGUACGUGGUGAUGGAGGCUUUGAAGGCAGCCGGCUUGAAAAGCUGGCAAGGGAUGUAUGACUGGUGCAGUCUUUGGUUUCUUCCGAAAGCCCACAAGUUUGCCAUGCACCAGCUUUUCGAAGCGAAACGUGUCGAUGCUCAUCGUAAAGCAGAAAGGAUCAAGGCGCCUGCAUCAGAGAUAUUGGAAUUGUAUCCAAUUAUGAAGCAGUAUGUGCUUCGCAUUGGCAUGAAAGCUGGGACGGCUGCCGCAUCUGCUUGCCAAGCUUUUCUGAAUGUUUGUCUUCUGCUGGAUUCGCUGCUGGCGGCCAACACUGGAAAAGUGACGGGAGACAUGCUGGACCAAGCAGCAAGCCGGGUUCUGCAAACCUUCCGUUCCGCGGGCUGCGAACAAUACACCAUCAAGAAGUUCCACUGGAAUUUUCAUUACGGUGAUUCCUUGGAACAGCAUUCUUGCUUGGUUAAUUGUUUCGCAUGCGAACGAAAGCACAAGCAGGUUGUGCGCCACGGCGAAUUGAUAUGCAAUACGAAAAGGUAUGAGGAUUCAGUUUACCGCGAACUGCUCUGCCGCCAAUUGUACAGGCUGUCUCUACCGCUGCAGCCGGAGGUGCACCUCCUGACCCAUGGCCGCUGUACACAGAAGCUGAACAGCUUCUUGCUCAGCAUGGGCUUGCUGCAGCCGCACAACACCUGCACGACUUCUUCAGCGCUGCACGUUCCGGCGGGUGUCUUGCACCGAGGCGACUUUGUUCUUGCAAAGAAGGUGGGCGAUGGAUGGCAUCAGUGCGGUGAAGUAUGGUGCAUUUUCGCGAUCGACCAAAAGCCGUGUGUACUCCUGGGCCUCUGCUCCAUGGUCUCCCGCAGUAGCAUGGAAGGCACUGCUCUCUGGAAGGAAGACAAUGCACCCGUUCUGCUGCCAGCCGAAGACUUGAUUUGUGCAGUGCAGUAUUCCCGCAAAAGGGAUGGCCUGCUGACUUUGAUUCCGUGGCAUCUGCGAUGA